CGCGGGGGAGAUGGGACUGGGGGGUGCAGCCGCAGGCUGUGGCGGCAUCCGCACCCGCCCGGCAGGGCACCGGAGGCCGCGUGCCCCCCCCAAGGCUGGGUGUUAAUGGUUAACCCCGGCCCCACAGCUGCUUGGCUCCCAUGGGCAGCACCCCGCUGUGCCCCCCGCGGGGCGCUGGGUCACCACCCCAUCUCCCAGCACUGUGCACAUUGGGAGGGCUCGCAGCCCCGACCCCAUAGGGCCGCCCCACGCCGUGCAGAGCCCAGCUGGGCACCAGCUGCCCGCUCCCAGGGUUGGCCUUGGGCCGGGGAGGGGCUCCGAUAAAGGGGGAAUUUAAGGCUGGCGGACGCCCCGUGCCACCUGGCCGAGCCUUUGAGCACAAUGCUUGCGCUCCUCAUCCCCCUGCUGCUGCUCGCUGGCGGCUGCCACUCUGCCGUGCUGCCUGGUGGAUCACGGGUUGUGAAUGGGCAGGAUGCGGUACCGUACAGCUGGCCAUGGCAGAUCUCACUGCAGUACGAGCGUGACGGCACCUUCCGGCACACCUGCGGGGGAACCCUCAUCGCGCCCGGCUGGGUGAUGACGGCCGCACACUGCAUCUCCUCCACGCUCACCUACGAGGUGGUGCUGGGUGAGUACGACAUGAGCUCCGCCGAAGGCCCCGAGCAGCGCAUCCCCGUGGCGGCCGAUGACAUCUUCGUGCACCCCAAGUGGAACAGCUUCUGCUUGGCCUGCGGCAAUGACAUCGCCCUGCUGAAGCUGCAGCACAGUGCUGUGCUGAACGAUUACGUGCAGACGGGGCAGCUGCCGCCCGCGGACACCGUGCUGCCCAACGGCUACCCGUGCUACCUGAGCGGCUGGGGGAGGCUGAGCACGGGGGGACCACUGCCAGACAAACUUCAGGAUGCUCUGAUGCCUGUGGUGGACCACGAGCAUUGCACGCAGUCCGACUGGUGGGGCAGCCUUACCAUCCGCACCACGAUGGUCUGUGCUGGCGGCGCCGAGCAGGCCGGCUGCAACGGCGACUCGGGCGGCCCCCUGAACUGCCAGGCUGAGGAUGGGCACUGGGAGGUGCACGGCAUCGCCAGCUUUGUGUCUUCACUGGGCUGCGACACUCCAAAGAAGCCCACUGUCUUCACCCGCGUCUCUGCCUUUGAGGACUGGAUUGCUGAGGUGGGCGCUGGGCGCUGGGAUGGUGGGGUGCAGAAUGCCCAGGGUGUGGGGUGACGGGCUGCCAGGGGCCGGGACACCGGGGUGCUGCAGUGCUGGGGUGCUGAGGUGUUGGUGUGCUGGAGAAUUAGGAAGCUGGGAACUGAGGUGUUGGGAAACUGGAGUGUUGGGGUGUUGGGGCACUGGGAUGCUGGAAUGCUGGGGUAUUGGGAUGUUGGGAAAUUGUAGUGUUAGGAUAUUGGGGUGCUGAGAUGUUGAAAUGCUGGGCUGCUGGGACGCUGGUAUGUCAGAGUACCAGAGUGUCGAGCUGUCAGGGUGUUGGAGUUCCAGCGUGCCGGGACACUGGGGUGUCAGAAGUGCCCCGGUAUUGGGCUCAGGGAUGCUGGGACAUUGGGGUACGGGGGUGCUGGGGUGCCAUGAUGCUCUGAUAUUUAUGGGUGCUGAGUGCCGAGCUCCCCCUGAACCACUUCUUUCUCCCAGACCAUAGCAAACAACAGCUGAGCAGAGCAGCAGCGACCUCCGUGCUUCACAGCGCGCAAAUAAACCCCCAGAGCUGA